AAACAUGUAGCCGUUGAAGCAUAUCGGUUUUGCACGAUACUAUGCGGGGCCGAGGCGAAGCCCGCCAAAUAGGUGGAGUGCCUCUGCUUGCGUGUUUCAAGGCCAUGCCUAACAUUUACCAAUUUAUACAUCCACAGCAAAACAGUAUGAAACUUACUUGAGAGCUGCACCCGUUGCCUUGCCCUUGAAGUGGCAAAAUGUCAGGCUUCGUCGACGAGGAGGCUGAGGAUGCCGCAGCUGCACAAGAGUCUGAUUAUAUGACUCUGCUGGACCAAGAAAAGCGCGACCCUGCGUUUGACGAGCUCUUUCUGCAUUCGCGCAUUCUCUACCAAAGCGUGCUUCCCUCGCUCACGCCACAGGAGCGCCGGCGCUUCCUUCCCCGCAACCUGCUAUACCUGCGGGGUCCCGACUCCGAGGCGCAGACGCCUGUUGCGGCUGUGUCGGGGCCGCCGCCUGAGCAGCCGCAACCAGCCGACCUGCACCACCGCCACAUCCGCCUGCAGCCGCUGCGUCUGACCCACAUCCCGGAGUGCCAGGAGCCCUACGGCCGGGGGCCGUGGCCGCGGCCGCAGCCUCACACCUCCAGCCCCGGGGGUGCGGCACCAGCACCUGCGGAUGACGUGAAGGCCGGUGCGGCGCCGGCAGCAGCAGGAAAUCGCAGUAGCAGCACGGCGGUGGCGGCGCGCUGGGCGCCCCCCGCGGCACUGCUGGCCCCGUGGCGGUACCUGGCUGUGGCGGUGUGCGUGGAGCCGUACGGCGUGCCGGGUGCGCUGGUGCCGUUGCCGGGUCAGGUGUGGAUGGUGGCGGUACCGCCGCACCUGGGGCCGGCGGGGGCGGGGGCGGGUGUCAGCCUGGCACCCACUGCAGGCGCCACGGCCUCGGCUGCAGUGCCCACGCCACUGCGGGAAGCCGGGCUGGCAGGAGCUGAGGGCGGUGGCGGUGGCGGCGGGCCGGCGGGGUCUGGGACAGAGGCUGCAGCGGUGGCGGCCGGGGCGGAUGAUGGCGGCAUAAAGUGGGGUGUGGAUGAGGCGAUUGCGACAGAGGCGGCGGCGGUGGCGGCGGCGGACGGAUGGCGCCCCUGGCCCUGCGACCGCAGGCCGGCGCCAGCAGCACAAUCUGCAACAGCACCAGCUGUAGCAGCACCUGCAGCAGGGGCGGCAGUAGCAAUAGCAGCAGGCGCAGAGGACCCGCCUGCAGGGCAGCCCGAUGAAGCAUCCGCCUCAGCGGCUGCUGCCUCAGCCGCUGCCGCGCCCGCCUCUACAGCCUGUCCCGCCGCCGGCUCUGUGUGCCGGCUGGACCUGGCUCUGGGUGACGGGGAGGUGCAGGAGACGCCCUCGCUCAGGCUGCUGCUGCUGUACUCGGAGGAGGUGUCGGCGCUCAUGUCCGCCUUCGCCAAGCGCACCGCCUGCCGCCUGGGCUCGACAUCCGCCGAUGACGCCCCCUACCUGUUCAACACCUUUGAACUGGAGCCGGCGCCAGCAGCAGCAGCAGCAGCAGCAGCAGCAGCAGCAGCAGCAGCAGCAGCAGCAGCACAAUCAGCAGUAGGACCAGACGGGCAGGGAGCAGCCGUGGACGUGAAGGCGGGGGCGGAGGGGGCGGCAGCUGCGGCCUCCUCUAGGCCGUCACUGGCUGCCCCUGUGCGGCCGGCGGCGCCGGUGUGGGCGGCAGUGCUGGCGCCGGGCGGCACACAGGAGGAGCGGGUGGCGGCGGAGGCGGCGGGCUGGCGGCAGCCGCCCGCAGCUGAUGCCGUGGAGGAGGUGGUGCGGCGGGCGGCAGCGGGUGCAGCGGGGGGCGGCGGGCGGCAGGGUGGGCCCGAGCAGGCGGCGGCCCCGGGGGCAGGGCGCGGCGGCCCGCUGUUGUGGUCUAGCUGUGUGGGCCAGGUGGAGUGGGUGGUGGCGGGCGACACAGCCGCCACACCGCCGCCGGCACCGGGUGCACCUGGACCCGCCACAGCGUCACCGCCAGCGGCAGGUGCCCGGGCAGCAGCAGCAGGUGCAGCAGUAGCAGCAGCAGCAGCAGCGCCAGCGCCGGCCUCUGGGGCUGCAGGUGCAGGCGGCGCAGGCGGCGCAGGCGGCCUGGGCGGUGGCGGCGGGCCAUCGCGGCAGCUGUGUGUGGAGCUGGCGCGAGUGCGGCUGUCCAUGGGUGAGGCGGAGGACACGCCCAACCCCGCAGUGCUGCCCGGUGCGCUGCCCUCACACAUCACAGUGCUGAGACUGCACCCCGUGGCGGAGGAGGGGGCGGAAGGGCAAGCGGCGGCAGCAGAGUCGGGAGGCCCCUGCAGUGGCCCUCAGCAGCAGCAGCAGCCGCAGCUGGGGCCGCAGGGUGGCGAGGAGGGUGAGCGGGUGCGGCUGCAGGUGCGACUGAGCGGCUGGUCACUGGGGGAGCUGUGGCGGGGGCAGCAGGGGAGGGAGCAGCAGGGGCAGGGGCAGGAGCAGCCGCCUGGGGCGGCGCCUCCUGAUGCCGGGCAAUCGGGCAAGCUCGGCGCCCCCAUCACCGAACCCGGGCCGUCAGGGCGCAGCCCUGAGCCGCAAUGGCUUGACUGGGAGCAGGGGCGGCGGCGGCGGCGGCAGCAGCAGCAGCAGCAGCAGAUGCGGCGGCGGCUGUUGCGGCACCCGGGGGAGGACGUCGGCGGCGAGUUGAGUCCGCAGCUGUGGCAGCAGCAGCUGGUGAGGUGGGCCUGGUACGCGGCGCCGGGCAAUGCGGCCAGCGGCAGCACCUGUGCGGGUGGCGGCGGCACGGAUGGUGGGAUGCUGAGGGGGCACAGCAGCAGCUGCGACAUCGGCGGCGUCGCAGGCGGCAGUGGGGAUGGCCUGGUGCGCUACCUGCCUGCCGGGUGUCACGUGCAUCCGGAGGACGCCAAGUCAGCGGCGGCAGCGGAGGCCGAGGCGGGCGGCAGCGGCGACUCACACGGCGAUGACGUCAGCGGCCCAGCGGCAGCGGCAGUGGGAGCAGCGGCGGCGGCAGCUGCUGGACCGCAGAGCCAACAUGUACAACAGCCGCACCCGCAGCACCAGCAGUCAGCGCGGGUGGCAGUGGGCCGGCUGGUGCACAGCGAGGUGGCUGCUGGGCUGGGCUGCCUGGUGUGCUGCAGCCGCCGCGCCGCCGCCUUCCCCAGCCUGUCCGGCCUGGCGGCGCACGUGCGCGCCUGUCACGGCGGGGAGCUGGGCCUGGCGGUGCAGUUCCACGGCGGCAGCGCGGGCGGCGCCAGCAGGCAGCAGCGCCGGGCGCCAGGCACUGGUGAGGGUGCUGUGGGUGAGGGUGAGGGUGAGGGUGAGGAUGACGGAGCGCUGCGGCCGGCGGCGACGCUGCACGUCUUCAAGUCGCGUGACGCGGCGGACUGGUGGUCGCUGCUGGAGGCGGCGGGCGAGCGAGGGCGGCGGCUGUGGGAGGCCUGGCAGCAGCAGGAGCUGGAGGCGGAGGCGGUGGCGGCGGGGGGCAUGAGGGAUGGUGAGGAGUUGGAUGUGUUGUUGCCGCCGCUGCCGGCUGCGCCGGCGAACUAUGAGUGCGACUGGUGCUUGUGGCGCGGGCGGCUGAUUGACCAUGUGGGGCCGGAGGCGCCGGGCGCAGCCGAGGGGGAGGAGGAGGAGGAGGAGGCAGCGGGCGGAGCUGCGGCGGCUGCGGGUGCGCGGGAGGCGCCGACGGGAGCGAAGGGGCCGGCCGUGGCGGGGCGGGAUGCGGGCACAGCAGCAUCAGUGGCUGUAGCUGUGCCUGUGGAGCCCCGCACCGGACACCAGCAGCAUCAGCAGAAGGACGGGCAUGGGCCGUCUGCAUCAUCACACGGCGAGGGGGCGGCGGCGGCGGCGGCGGCGGGGGACACACCGGAGCUCACGGACGCAACUGUUCCUGAGCACGGGCAGCCGCUGGGGCCGUCGGGGCCGGCGCCGUCACAGGAUGACGCGGUCGCAGCCGCCGGUGCGGGUGGUGCGGGUGGUGCGGGUGGUGCGGGUGGUGCGGGUGGUGCGGGUGGUGCGGGUGGUGCGGGUGGUGCGGGUGGUGCGGGUGGUGCGGGUGGUGCAGGGACACAAGACGUGUUGCCGUCUGCUGCGGCUGGGGGUGCGGGUGCAGUCGCUGGCACGGGUGCUGGUGCUGGUGGCGGAGAGCCGAGUGGUGCAGCUGCUACUGCCGCCGCUGGUGCCGGCGGCGACGCCGUGGGCAGCGCGCCGCUUGCGGAGCUACAGCCAGAGCUGCCAGCAGCCUCAGCCGCAGGGGGGUCACACCGCAGCAAUGCAGAGGCGGCGGGAGCCGGAGACGUGACGGCACCGGCGGCAGGGACGGGCUUGGAAGCAGGAAUGGUGGCGGAGUCGCCGGCCGGCGCGGGGCCGGCUGCAUCUGCUGUUGCGGCUCCACCGGCGGCUGCGCCCGCACCCGCUCUGGACGCGGCGGCGGCUGCACUCGUGACGUCAGACGCCGCGGGCGCAGCGGCAGGCGCAGCGGCAGGCGCAGCGGCAGGUGCGGCGGGUGAUGCGGCAGGCGGGGCAGCCAGGGGCGCAGUGGCAGGUGCGGCACCAGUGCCGCCGCGUGCGCCGCCGCCUGACGCCGUGCAGGCUAGCUACCGCGAGGACAGCGAGGGGGCAAUCUGCAUUGAUUCCGAUGAGGAGGAGGACGAUGUGCAGGUGCUUCUGGAGGUCAGGGGCAUUGCCCAGCCCCACCCGAACGCGCCCCUGCAACCAGCAGGCACUGCGGCGGGGGCUGGGGGAAGUGGGGCAGCGGCAGGGCUUGGGCCGAUGGCGGAUGAGGUAGCCGCUGCUGCGGCGGCGGCGGCUGACGAAGUGAUUGACCUGUUGGACAGUGACGAGGACGGCGUGGUGGAGCUGGGCCCGGACGGGGGGCAGAGGGGGCAGGAGGAGGCGGAGGGGGCGCAGCUGGGUGCGGCGGGGGAGCAGCCACUGCCCAGUCGCGGCCAACAGGAGCAGCAACAGCACGUCCCACAGCAACAGGCGCAGCAGCAACAGCAGGAGGAGCAGGGCAGACAGGGCGGCCGCAAGAGGCGGCUGUCGGACAUGUACGCGGCGGAGCUCGAGCCAGCGGCGGCCGGCGGCGGCGGCGGGGGGGCGCCCACAGCGGCCGCGCUGCGGGAGCCAUGGCUGCCGCCGCCGCGGCCGUGCAAGCACGCGCGGUUGCACCUGCCCGACCCUGUGCCGCUGCCGCCCCUGCGCCGCGACGCCGCACCCCGCAUGCCUCUGCCGCCGCACCUGCGGCCCCAGCUGCCGCCGCUGCAGCGGGGCCCCACCGGCAGCGUGUGGGCGGCUGGGCUGCUCCCGCCGCGGCGCCGCAGCCGCAAGACCGCCCACCCCGCCCAGCUGAUCACUCUGGAGGCGGCCCUGGCCUAUGAGGCGCUGCUGCAGGAGCAGGAGAGGCAGGCGGCGGCGGCGGCGGCGGAGGAGGAGCUGGCCCGGCAGUUGGAGGGUGAGGGAGGGGGGCAGCAGCAGCACCAGCAGCCACGGCGCCUGCAGCAGCUGGCGUCAUUGCACAGAGGCCGCGGUGGUGAGGCUGUCAAGGUGGAGGAGGCAGCGGCGGGUGUGGAGGCGGCGGCGGCGGCGGUGGCAGGCCGGCAGCGGGGCCGUAAGCGGCGGCUGGAGGCGGAGGCGGAGGACAAGCGCUCCCGCCGGAAGGAAGAGCAGGGAGGGGAGGGGCCGGCGGCGGCGGCGACUACUGCUACAGCCGCAGCAGCAGGUGCAGCAGCUGCUGCAGCCGCUGUGCAGGGUCGCCCCUCCAAGCCGCCAUUGCCGCCCAAGCCGGGUUCAGCGCGCCGCCGCCCUCCCGCCGUGGCCUCACCGCUGGGCUCACCCGCCCGUGUGGGUGCAGGCGGCGGCGCCGCCGGCCGCAGCCUAGCUGCUGGCGCCUCAGCCGCCGCCGCCGCCGCCGCCGCCCAUGCCGGCAACGCCCGGUCGCUGCCGGCGCUGACGCAGCUGCCCGCCUUCCUGCGGCCCACCGCGGCGACGCCGGGGCGCGGUCUGUGCCUGAGCUUCACAGCGCCCAAGAUGUUUGUACACAGCCGGACCAUUGUGCCGCUCUGCUACGAGGAGCUGCUCCGCACCUUCCGGGUGGGGCCCGACGGCCGCGUGCCCGGCAGCCUGGCGGCGGCGGCCGUGGUGGCGGCGGCAGAGGCGGCAGCGCGCAGGAAGGCGGCAGAGGCGGCCGCCGCUGGUGGUGCGGGUGCUGAUGGCGCUGCCGCAGGCGCCAAGGCGGGCAGUGGCGGUGGCGGCGGCGCGCUGCACUGGGGUGUGGCGGCGGACUCGGAAGACGACACCGACGACGAGGAGGGGUGGAUGCGCUCCCAGCGCGAGCACAUUGCCGGCCUGGCCGCCCCGCACGGCGCCGACACACAGCUGCCGGCCACCAUGGCCACCGCGCCGGGCGAGCAGCUGCUGAUGGUGUAUUGGAACCGGUUCGCGCGCCGCCACCACUUGUACGGCGACAAGGUCAUGCCCAGGAGGUGUGAGGAGUUCGUGUGCGGUCGCGAGGGCGGCGACAUGGCCGCCAGCCCCGCCUUCGCCACGCUGCGGCGCGCGCUGGUGGUCCACCUGCUGGCGCUGAACGAGUACUGCCUGCUGCCGCCCGACUGCCUGGCGCGGUGCCUGCAGCAGCUGGACAAGCGGCGGGAGCAGCACCUCCGCACCACAGCUGCAGCAACUGGUGCAGCUGGGGCUGGUGCCGCGGGUAUUGCUGGUGCUCGUGCUGGGGCUGGUGCCGGGGGUGCUGCUGGGGCUGGGGCUGCUGGUGCCGGGGGUGCUGCUGGUCCCGCGCCCGCACCCGCGCCCCAGGCAGCUGCCGCAGCCGCUGCACGUGUGCAGGAGAAGGACCCAAAGAAGUAGCAAGAGACGGCUCACGAUGCCGAAUGUAUGUAUGACGAUGUGCAUUUGCAAAUUGCUCAAGAAAAUGGUAUUACACCCAGCACUGAUAGUAGUGUGUUAUCAACAGUGUACUCGGGUUGUGUAAUCUUUUGCAGACAGGCGCAGAAGCAUUAAGUGCCUUCUCGUGGACCAUAGUGUGUGUGUUUUGGGGGGGGGUCGGCAACGAGGAGGGGUCGAUUCAUGCGCUAUGCCCUAGCCGGAUUCGUGCGCGUGAAUGCUGCAUGUGCCUAUGUGCAAGGUCGGGAACUACGCGGGAUGGCACGUUGGAGCUUGCGAGCUUGUGAGAGAGCGGGACAAAAUUAGAAUGCGUACAACAGCCCUUGGAGGCCGUUACGACCGCAAUACGGUUACGGCCAGGGGAGGCCAAGAUUAAUCUCACCGACGAAGGGAGCGCAAUUCCCAGCCACAUGCUGUUCCUGCACGCAUUCGGCUGCAAGCAUGCUU